UUCUAUGGAAUCCUAUUGGAUUAUGGGACCUGUCCAUCAAUUGUUGACUCAAAUCGCUGUGCAAUGGACUGAACUCGACUGAAGACCGAGAGCGCAGGAAGGUCUCAUUCAACUGCAGCGGGGACGGCAAGAGAGAAUGAGAAUUUAUCUGUCAGUAGUAUAGUUGAAGAAUAGUGAUAGUGAUACAGUGAUGGAUAUGAGAGAUGCUGCUGGAAGGUGGGAUGCUCUGGGCAGUCGAGAUGCGAGCUCCAGACACGCUGCAAUGGAGAUCAUUCACCAGGAGGUGAUUAAGAAAAUUGAGAGUAUCGGACCGAUACCGGACAAACACUCCUCCUCUCCCUUGGCCACAGAUGACAGUCUGGCCAGCGAUCUCAACGCUCUCCUGGCUCAUGUCCUGAUGCUUUCCAAAAGAUGUCCCUAUGAAGAUGUCAGAAAGAAAUGCCUAUGUUUGCUGCAGAGGGUUCAGGACGUUGGAGUGCGAAUACCCAGACCGCUGGGAAAUGGACCAAGUAGAUUCAUACCAGAGAAAGAGAUACUUCAAGUCAGUAAACUGGACGAAAGAACACAGUCGAUUUUUGAGGAUGCCUUCGCAGUGCUCGGUCGCCUUGACAACAUCUCUCUGGUGAUGGGGUUCCAUCCUCAGUAUCUGGAGAGCUUUCUUAAGACACAGCAUUACCUGCUUCAGAUGGACGGUCCUUUGUCUCUGCACUGCAGACAUUACAUAGGCAUAAUGGCUGCUGCCAGGCACCAGUGCACAUAUCUGGUCAACCUGCACGUGAAUGACUUCCUGCAGGUUGGGGGCGAUCCCAAGUGGUUGAAUGGCCUGGAAGAAGCCCCACAGAAUCUGCAGGCUCUUGGGGAGCUCAAUAAGAUCCUGGCCCACCGCCCCUGGCUGCUCACCAAAGAACACAUUGAGAGUCUACUGAAGGCAGAGGAGCACAGUUGGUCCCUGGCUGAACUGAUUCAUGUUGUGGUGCUGCUCACGCAUUAUCAUUCUCUAGCCUCCUUUACUUUUGGUUGCGGCAUCACCCCCGACAUCCACACAGAUGGAGGACAUACGUUCAGGCCGCCCUCACUCAGCGGUUACUGCGCUUGUGACAUUGCCAAUGGGAAUGGGGCCCUGGAGAUGUUAGGGAACCAGCAGGUGUCAGAAUCGUCUUGCGAGGUAGAGGUGCUGAUGGAGAGGAUGAAGCAGCUUCAGGAAUGUUGUGAUGAAGAGGAGGCUAGUCAGGAGGAAAUGGCCACACGUUUUGAGAGAGAGAAGAUGGAGAGCAUGUUGGUGAUCACCUCUGAGGAUGAGGAGUGUGUACCAUCCAGGGAUGUGUCACGACACUUUGAAGACCCUAGUUAUGGCUACAAAGACUUUUCCAGGAGAGGAGAACAUGUGCCUACCCUCAGAGUGCAGGACUAUAGUUGGGAGGAUCAUGGAUUUUCCCUUGUGAAUCGGCUGUAUCCAGAUUUUGGACAGCUUCUUGAUGAAAAGUUCCAGAUCGCCUACAACCUGACAUAUAACACAAUGGCGACACACCAGGGUGUGGACACUUCCAUGCUGCGUAGAGCGAUCUGGAACUAUAUCCACUGCAUGUUUGGCAUUCGCUAUGAUGAUUAUGACUAUGGAGAAAUUAAUCAACUGCUAGACUGCAGUUUUAAAGUCUACAUCAAAACUAUGGUGUGCAGUCCAGAGAAGAUCACCAAGAGGAUGUACGAGAGCUUCUGGAGGCAAUUCCAGCACUCUGAGAAAGUCCAUGUUAAUUUGCUUCUUAUGGAAGCGCGCAUGCAGGCAGAACUGCUCUACGCUCUGAGAGCGAUCACUCGCUACAUGACAUGAAGUGCUGUUCUUGUCAAAUUUGUUAUCUUUACUAUUGUUGAUGUUGCUAUUGUAGGACACUUCAAUAAAGCUAAAAAAAAACAAAAAAAAGAGGAAAAACAAAAUGGAGGAAGAAUAGUGAACGAUGAUGACAAGGAGGAACAGAUUCUGGUUGUUUUGUACAAGAAGGAAAAAAACAACAACUGUCAACUGAACCUACUUUCUGAAUCACUUGUUUGGCUGCUCAGCCUCCAGUGCCAAUUCUGGCCACUGGGGGGUGUCUGAGCAGACUCCCCCAAGCUGGGACGUGUUAGUGAGACUGCAAGCUUCUGGAGGCCAGACCUCCUUUUUGUAUUUCAAAUGCAUCUGCAAUAGAACGUUUUAGAAUCUUUUUGUGAGAUGAGAAAAAUUGCAAAUAGCAACUCCGGUGCAGAUAGACUGCACUAACACGCCUAUCUACUAGUGUUUUUUUUUUUUGUUUUUUUUUUUGUCCAUAUCGUUUUUAUAUUGUUCUUAUUUUUGUCAGCAGGGGCUAGAGAUAGAAGCAUUACUGAUUUUGCAUAUACGCGUGCCUAGUCAUGCGCAGCAAUGGUAACAGAUGCUGAGGUGCCAUCUGUUCAUGCUGCUUUUCUCAACUGAAAGGCCUCAAGACACCAAAACCAUCACCCACUUGUAUAAGCUAAUCCAAGAACGACUGUUUUUGUGUGUGUGUGUGUGUGUGAGAGAGAGAACAAUUCAAAAGUAAUAGCUAUCUGAGCCCUUGUUAUAGUUUACUGUAAGACACCACUUUGUCUCAUUGUAACAUUUCCAACGUGUGAAUGUUAUGGGGAAAAUCAGAAAAAAAGAUUUAUCAUAUUUUUUUGUGUUUUUCAUGCAUUAAAAAUAUGAAAGCACUUUUAAAAAAUGUUAAGAUGUGCUUCAGCUCACAUGUAGCCAUUUUGUUUUGGUGACCGUUGCAUAUCUUGUUUUAUUUGUUUUAGUAACUCCCAGUGCAAAAAAGUCUUCCUAUUGUGAUGUGCUUCCUGUUGCUCUGAUCCAUCUGCCUUAUCUGUCUUCCUUUUAAUGCUUUGUCAUCUUUUUUAUUUUUAUUCAUUAUAACUAAAUACCUCUUGUUAUGUAUCCUUAAAUAUCUAAGUGCUGUCUGGUGAGCAGGACUUUGUCUUACGUGGCGCUGCCUGUUGUAGGCUUCAAUCUGUACAGACCUAGACGCUAAGAACCAGGCUACCCAGACGACUGCACCUUUGUGGGGUUAAAUAAUGCUUGUUCUCAUUUUCAUAACUUUAAACAGUGUAACUAAGCAGUUUUGUUUUGUUUUGUUCAGAGUGCGUGUGUAUUUUUUUUCUUUUCAGGCUGGGUGGAUUCUCUGCUGUCUUUUUUGUUUACUAAAACCAGUUAAGUACUGCAUUCUGAUGAUGACAGGACUUGUAGAGGGAUGGUACUUUCUUUUGGAAUAUGAGGAGGUUUUUAAUCAGACUUGAGAGACUGAUGUCAGUUACUGACACUUUUAUAAGAAACUGUUUGAUAAGAAAAAUAAAACAUGGUAUUUCACUA